AAAACCUUAGUGUUUAUGAUACUUCUCCACAAUAUUUAUUUUCAGUGCUAAAUAUCAAGUCACCAUCCAACGAAUAAAUUAAUAAUAAUAAGUCUAAAGACAUUCAGUUUGACCAAAAUAUUUUUUAAAAAUUCAGCAUUCUAUAAUUCAAUUAUCAUAUUUGAAUUUAAAUUUUUGCACACAAGAUUUAAAUUAAUCAAUUGUAUUUUUUUGCUAUUGCUAUUUUUUUCUUAAAAUGCUAAGCAGAAAAUAAGAAUAAACUUAUGCAAUUUAAUGAUGUAUAUCGUUUUUACCUAAUUACUUUGCUAGUUUUUAGGAAAAAUAAUGCCUGAGCCAAAAAAACAUCAAUCCUCAGUAAAGGAACCUGAAAUUAAUCAGAACCAUUCAAAAGAGCAAGAUGUUGCAAUAACCGAAUCAAUAGUAAUGGAGGAUUCAAACCCAAGAUCUGAUUUAGUGGAACCAGAAAUAAAGGAGAAUGUCCAAACACCUUUAAAUGAUAUGAUGAAAAAUGAGCCUGUUUUGGUUCCCAUAAUAGUUGAAAGAUAUGAAGGAGAGUUUAAUGAAAAUGGCUUUUAUCAUGGCAAAGGGUGUACAUAUUUAAAAGGAGGAAUUGUUUAUAAAGGAUGGUUUAAAAAUGGGAAAAUGCAUGGCCAAGGAACUUGCUCUUGGCCAAAUGGAACAGUUUUCGUUGGUGAUUUUGUUGAAAAUGUUAUAACAGGUAGAGGUGUUUACUCUUGGCCAGAUGGAAACACAUACGAUGGAGAAGUAUGUAAUGGAUUGAGGCAUGGUUUUGGAACAUUUAAAUGUAAAGAGUUAAAAUCUUAUGCAGGGGAGUGGAAAAAUGGAAAGCGUCAUGGCAAGGGUAUUAUUUAUUAUGAUCACAAUGGAGAAUCCUAUUAUGAUGGAAAUUGGUGUGAAAAUACAAAAGCGGGGUUUGGAAUUCGAAGGUUUGCAAAAUUAUGGAUUAAUGUAAAUUUUAUGCGCAGUUUUUUCUUUGGCAUUUUAAUCUUUUUUUCUUUUUUUAGAUUUAAAAAUGGCAACAUGUAUGAGGGAAAUUGGGAAAAUAACAAGAGGAAUGGUAAAGGUACAAUGUAUUGGUAUAACCUUGGCCAGGAAUAUUCAGGAGAUUGGGUUGAUGGGAUACAAACUGGAUAUGGAGAAAACAUUUGGUUUCUGAAAAGAGUGAGCAAUUCUCAAUAUCCACUACGUAAUCAUUACAUAGGAGAAUUUUUAAAUGGAGAACGACAUGGCAAUGGAAUUUUUUAUUAUGCUAGUGGUGCCAUUUACAAUGGUCAGUGGAAAAAUAAUAUGAAACAUGGUGAUGGAAAAUUCAUAUUCAAAAAUGGAUGUGUUUUUAGUGGUAAAUUUUCAGAUGAUCACAUGCUUGAAUUUCCGGAAUUGAUAUUGUCGGGAAUGACAACACCCGAUAUUUCUCAAAGUGGACUUCCAGUAAAAUCACCUAUGUCGCUCCGAUCUACCUCUGUUGUAGGAAUGUCAGGGGCUGCUGUAGAUGCUUUUCUCGAUAUUAAUAUUGACGACGUUUUAUCUGAUUACAAAUAUGACCUUGAGCAACGUCAAGACGAGAUCAACAAAAUUGUUUGUAUCAUACUACGUUUUACUUCACAAAUGAAGCACAUGUAUAAGUUCUACAGCUGUCUUGGUGUUAACCAUUCUAUUGACAAUACCUAUGUCAUGUCCAAGUUACAAUAUUGUCGCUUCUUGAAAGAUUAUAAAAUUCACACGUAUGAUCUUUCCUUAGUAGAUAUCGAGAGAUCCCUUGAUGAUCAGGCAAAAUGUGUGGAUGAUUGUUUUAAGAAAAUAUUUACUCGUGAUUUUCUAGAAAGCCUGGUGAAGAUUUCUUGUUUGAUAUUCAAGGGAAAAUACACAGCUGAUACCAAUGAAGUGUCCAAAUGUUUUUCUGACCUUGUUGCGAUAUUCACAUCUAAUAGAAAGGCUGAUGUGAAUGGGAUAGUGUACAAAUCAAUUGAGCAAACUCAAGAAAUAAUGAUCUAUAUAAAUGAAUGCCUUAAAAUGUAUUUUCACUAUGCACAAAGGAAACAUGAUGUCUGUUUGUCUAUGAGGGAUGUGUUAUUUGUUUACAAAGAACUACGAUUAAUAAAUCAACAUCUCACUGCAAAAUCACUAGUUAAAAUUUUGACAAAAGAAGUACUGGAUGCAACAUGCUAUAACUUAGAUGUAGAAAUAACACCCUUGGAAUUUUUGGAGGUUUUGGUUGAAUCAGCCUCACUGUUUGUCACAGCCGAAUUAAUUGCUAAGCACAACUUGACAGAGCUCUCUGAUGUGUUACCAGUAUUUGAAUUGCCCACAAUACCAAGUGCGGAAACUACAAUAGAUGAAACGGACAAUGGAGAAAACAAAAACGAGAAGACGGAAGCACUUGCUACUGACAACAGUCACCAUUCUGAGACUAUUGAUGUUGUUCCAUCAAGAUCGUCUGGACAAACAAGUGAGAAAGUCUCCCAUAAAGGUAGCAAGAAGUCAAAAAGUGAUAGCAAGAAGGUUGAUAAAGAGUCUGCAUUGAAUUUAAGAUCAAAAAGUAAAGAGAGAAAAGAUGAGAAAUUAAAAGUCGAAAAGAAAGCAAGCAAACUUGAUGAGUUAAAAAGUAAAUCUUCUUCAGUUGCAGCUAAACAUGGUGAUUCUACAUUGAAGAUCACGUCAUCUCGUGCUACUCAAGAAACUCAAUCUGGUGUUAAAACAAAUAGUUUAUCCAUAGCAACUUCACUUCAGUCUGAAAAAGAUGAAGAAAAAACUCCACAGGACUUGCCAGUUGAUUCAAGCACGAGCAAUGCAACUUCUAAUAGGGAACAGAAACAACUUUCUGAGGAACCUUCUAUUCAGCAAGAAGAUGAUGAUUUUGAUACAUGGUCUUUAAAGUUGAACUUAUUUUUCAACGAAUAUCUGUUUCCUGCAUUUCGCAAGAGCGUGAAAAUAAAUGAUGUCUUUGUGAAAAGUAAUAUAUAAAGAUAAACAAGAGUUUUAAAAAAUCAAACUGCAUAAAUAAAAGUUUUGAACAUAUCCCUUUAAAUUUCAAAUAAAUUUCACGCUACUCUGUUUCUUCCCAAAUGUUCGAGCACUCUUUGCAUUAAUUAAGUUGGAAGGCUUAUCUUAGGUACAAUGGGAAAGAAAGAUAGUUAUGCCAGUUAAUUGACCUUGUGGGAGUUAUCAAGCCUAAAUGGUAUUAGUAUCCUCCCCUUUAAUUCUUCCAAAUACAUUCAACUAUUUAUGCGUUUGAUUUAACUAUUUAUGGAACUGUAAAUAUAUUUAUUUUUUGUACACAAAGUUUUCAGAUUGAGCCUUUAUGUUCCUGAUUAAUAUAUUUUGAUGUUUUCUUUUAAAAAUUGAGUUUAUAAUAUAUUUGUAUCUAUAGAAAUUAUUUUGUUUGAUCAAAAUAACGAGAUUAUCUAAUAUUUUACUAAAUAUGUAUAUUACAAAUUUAGAUUGAUAUUUGGAUAGAAAAAAAGUAUAGUUUCAAUAAUGUUUUGUUUUACAACAAAAUAUUUUAGCCGAAACAUAUGCAUAUUUUAAUUGCGACAAAAUACUAGACCAUGCCAUUUUAAGCAUUCUUGCUUAACUCUAUUCAGUCUGGGGUUUUUCUAUCAUUUCACAACACUUCUUCAAAUUGAAUCAAAUUAUAGUAUGCCAUGAAAGAAAAAAAAUUGGACCAA